AUGAGCGGAUCUUCUGCGAUAUUGCAUACCGUGGCAAGAAUCCUGAUACUAUGCUAUAGAGUGUUGAAGGUGGUGAUACUACCUUUCUGGUGGGCUUUAUGCUGGAUUUUUCAAGAACCAAUAAAUGCAUUGGAUCGCAAGUACAGAGUACGGGAAGAUUUCUAUAUUAUACCGUUCUUUUUGAAAACAUUGGUGAAGUAUAUGUACGCUGUUCGCCAAAACAGAUUCCAGUACUGGUAUCUGUUUACAAAGCAGGUCAAGAAGAAUGGAAGGGGCACAGCUAUAUGUUAUCCAAGACCAUCGCUUAUCAAGGGCGAAUAUGAGCUGGAAUCAUACACGUAUAACGAGCUUUAUGAAAUUGUGCUGAGAUUAUCUCACAUUCUGCAUUAUCAAUAUGGCGUAAAGGCCGGAGAUCAUGUUGGGCUGGACUGCACUAACAAGCCAUUGUUUGUAUUCUUACUUUUUUCCCUAUGGAAUAUUGGAGCCAUCCCAGCUUUAAUAAAUUGCAACACCUUGGGUAAUCCUCUAGUGCAUUCUUUGAAGAUUGCCAACGUGAAGAAAGUCUUCAUCGAUCCACAGGCUAGUGGGCCUAUCAGAAAUUCCGAGUCAUCGAUUAAGGAGAUAAUUCCUGAAAUUGAACUCAAUUAUUUGGAGGAGGAGAGUUUAAUGCGUAUUUUGACUGAUUCAAAAUCGCCUGAGUUCCUCCAGUUAGACGACAUCAGAUCGCCUAAAGGUCUGACAGACUAUAAGCCUGCAUUGUUCAUCUACACCUCUGGAACUACCGGAUUACCCAAAUCUGCCAUUAUGUCUUGGAGAAAAGCGGUGUUUGCGUGUCACCUGUUUAGUCAUGUCUUCCAUAUGACUCGCCAUAGUGUCGUUUUCACAGCUAUGCCUUUGUUCCACUCUACUGCUGCAAUGCUGGGUUUGUGUUCUGUCAUUUCACAAGGUGGCUGCCUCGCCAUGGCUAACAAGUUUUCAGCAUCAAACUUUUGGAAGCAGGUAUAUCUGACAAAAGCUACGCAUAUCCAGUACGUUGGUGAGAUCUGCAGAUAUCUGCUUCAGACUCCAGUCUCGAAGUACGAACGAAUGCACACGGUUAAGAUGGCAUAUGGAAAUGGUCUAAGGCCCGAUAUUUGGCUAAAGUUUAGGAGGAGAUUCAAUAUUGAAACCAUCGGUGAGUUUUAUGCCGCAACCGAAGCGCCCUUUGCCACCACCUGCAUCCAAAAGGGUGACUUUGCUGUCGGUGCUUGCAAAGCUUAUGGUUCCAUCAUCAACUGGUUUUUAUCUUUUCAACAAGUUCUUGUUCGAAUGGAUCCUGAAGACGAUUCAACGAUAUACAGAAACUCGAAGGGAUUCUGUGAAAAACCUGCUAUCGGUGAACCCGGUGAAUUGUUAAUGAAAAUAUUGUUCCCUAAGAAGCCAGAGACUUCAUUUCAGGGCUAUAUUGGCAACAAAAAGGAAACACAGUCAAAGGUUCUUCGCGACGUGUUCAAGAAGGGUGAUGCCUACUAUAGAUGCGGUGAUCUAUUCAGGCAAGAUGAAAAUGGCUUCCUGUAUUUCCUUGACAGGUUGGGCGACACCUAUAGGUGGAAAUCGGAGAACGUUUCUACUACAGAGGUGGAAGAUCAAAUAAUGUCCUGUAAUGAUAAAGAUUUCGCUCAGGUUGUGGUGGUAGGCGUUAGGAUUCCUGGAUAUGAAGGAAGGGCUGGAUUUGCUGUGAUCAAGCUAGCAGACUACAAGAGCAUCCCCGAGCAGCGAAAGCUCAAACUGCUUGAUAAUUUGCUAAUUCAUUUAAACAGGGAGCUACCAAGCUACGCUCGACCAAUUUUCGUCAAAUUCGCUGAUAAGAUUGAAAUGACAGACACCAACAAGAUUUCAAAGAAAACGUAUAAAAAUCAAGUACUUCCUAAAGGCGCUGAUAAGAACGAGACUAUUUAUUGGCUCAAAGAUUAUAAAGAGUACAAGGUUCUCACUGAUGAAGAUUGGCAAGCAAUUGUGGCACAAGAUGUAAAAUUAUAA